UCAAAGCCUCAGUCGCCCGCAGCCAGUCGCCCAGCAGAAACGUCGCGCUUUAUUUCGCUUUCCGCCGUUGUUCUUCGCCCCACAAUUUGCAUGCUAAAUGCAGAUAUGCAGGCGAAAUGUGAUUAAAAAAAAAGAAAAAGGAACAGAGAAUGUGCGAUAGCCGCUGUUUUCGCUGAACAGUGUCGAAAGUGCUGCGGUGAUUCAAGGGGGAAAAGGAGACGAGCUUUUCACUAGACCACGUGGCAGUUCAAGGCGGAGGACCUCUAGCAACAAUCAGUUUAAACAAACCAAAGACGUCGCCAAGCUAUCGUCCUCGCCAAUAAACACCGUCUAAAAAUGGGAUGGGACUGGGACUGGGCAGUCGGAGGCAUCUCCGAUGAGAUUCCGAGAACGACGGGGCCAGAGUGCAUCAACUACAUGACAGACCGGCGGCGUUGGGUGGAGACCAUACUGCUGUCCGCCCUCUUCAUCUUCAUAAUGCAUCGGUCUUGGCAACGCCUGGCGCCGAUCAAACUGCCGCCGCUCCACGAGAUCCAAAAGCCACACAGUCCCACGAGGCUGUGCCUCCUAAUCGCCUUGUCCAUGAUUUUCGGCAUCGAGAUGGGCUUUAAGCUCACCGGACAGUCUAUGAUUUUCGCACUUAAUCCUUGUCACGUGCAGUCCUGUCUGCAGAUCUAUCUUCUGGCCGCCAAGCCCACGAAGACGACGACAGCGCUCUAUCGGAUACAGAUGAGCAACCUUAACGGUCCCUUCCUCGCCUUCGUCUUCCCCGAGGUGGAGGGACGCACGUAUGCCUUCGAGCAGGCCACUUACUGGAUUCAGCACGCCCUGCUCUAUAUAAUCCCGAUUUACUUACUUCGGAGCGGAGCGUACACUGUCGAGGACCUCAGCGAAUUCCACUGGUCCCACAUAGGGACAGCCUUCAUGCUGUUUUACCACUUUUUCCUGCUUUCACCGCUAUCCAUAUUCACUGGCAUCAAUCUGGACCAUAUGCUCUGUGCGGCGGUGUCGGAUCCGUUCCAGGGCCCAAACUACCGGCUGUGCGCCUGCUGCCACCAGAUGCUGCUCUGUCCGCUGCUGAGUAAGGGAACAGUGCUGCUGUUCGGCCGGCGGAGUAAGAGCAACCCCGGCCAAAACGGAUCGGGUGGUAUGCCGGAGUCUAGAAGCGAGGCGGCACAGUACCACCAACAACUGACUACAGCUGAAUAUGCUGCACAGGGGGAGGCACUGAUGCGGCACCGAUUUAGCGCCCAGGAGGCGGCGGAGGAACAACAUCAGCAUCAGCAAGACGCCGCCGAGAUGGCCUCCCUUUCGGCAGAGUACACUAUGCCCACAACCAAGAUCGACUAGUACAGGAGCGGCAAGGGGCCUAGAAACGCCUACUGCGUCUAUUAUGGCUGUCAAUUCACGAACCACGUAGGGCAACUUUGGUCCCUGUUUUUCAGAUAGCCACGUAUCCCGAUACCGAUAUACUGUGAGAACUGACAGCGGAAUGUGUUGAACAAAGGACGUGUAGAUAAUAACAAUUAAGGCUAAUUUUCAUGCUCAUCGAGGUUAUACUUCUAAACAAAACAACAACAAAAAAAAACACUACUUAAAGUUAUAUAUUUGUUCAAUAGAAACCAAUUCUUAUUUUGAUGGCAAAUCAAAAGUUACCACACUGCAAAGAUUAACUAUAGUGUACAUUUCUUAAAUUGUAAGUCCAUAGCGAACAAAUAAAUUUAAAAUUCAAA